AUGGCCAAUUGGAGUACUUACGCUGUGGUAACGACGUUUGUCGUCGCUGUCAUCACCUACGGCAUCCCUUUGUUUCUGAAAGAGUACUUUCCCUGGCAGAGUCUCUAUAAACAGCGUCAUGGACGACCUACCGUCACGACAAAGUCCUACAAGGGGAGGACUGCACUCAUCACCGGUGCGAAUGGUGCUUUUGGUUCGAGAGCGGCGAAGCUCUUCGCGCAUCGCGAGGUCGACACCCUUGUGCUUGUUGACGUGAGGGAUUGUGGAGAGCUGAAGACGGAGAUCGAGAAGGAAUUGAGUGCUGCUGGCAAGGCGAAGCCUACUAUCUUGGUCUGGCAGGGAGAUUUGAUGAGCUUCUCGGGAUGCCAGGAGAUCGCGAGGAAGGCGCAGGAACUCAAGUCACUCGAUCAUGUCCUGAUGACGAUGGGUAUUCUGUCGUUCAACAAGAAGCUUUCGCCCGAGGGAUGGGAAACUUCCAUCCAAAUCAACUACCUUUCCGGUGCUCUUCUCGGCCUUCUCCUCCUCCCUCUUCUCAAAUCCAGCCCUCUCAACCCCAACCCUCCCGUCAUGACCUUUGUCACAUCCUUCGGCAUCUAUCCCUCUUCCUUCACCAUGGGCAUGCCCAGCAAGGGCUCUUACCUAAGGCACCUCAGCAACAACAAGGACGGCAUGCAACAGGCCCAUCAGUAUGGCCGUUCCAAGGCUCUGCUUCUAUACUUCACCCGCGAACUAGCUCAGCGCGCGUCCAAGCUCCCUCACAGCGUGACGAUUAACAGCGCCGACCCGGGCUCUGCAUGGACGCCUCUCACUGCUCCAAACCAAGAUCAACUUAUCCCACGACUGAUUCAGAAUUUUGGAUCGAGAGCGCCGGAGUUUUGUGCUGCUGCGCUUGUGAAUGGUGUUUCAGCUGGGCCAGAUGCUCAUGGGAAGAUUAUGCAGGACUUUGAAACCACUGACUAUCCUCCUUUCUUUGAGCGCAAGAGCGGAUAUGCUGCGCAGAAGCGUGUUUGGGAGGAGACGAGGGAGGAGUUUGAGGCCAAGCUUCCUGAAGUCAAGGCUAUUUACGGGAUGUUGGAUUAA